CUGUCCUGUCAACGGAUUUCAAAAACCAAGAAAACAACAACAAAAAAUCAGAAGUUUUCUGACGAGAAAAGUUUUCACCAAAUUUCCACGAGAAAAAAUUGCAAUUAUUGUAAGUGUGGAGAAAAUUUUAGUGUCCUUGACGCGAACAAAUGGAAGGCGAUAGAUUUUUAAUGGCAGCGGGUGUAACCGCUGCCGUUGUCGUUGGUGCGUUUGUUUUUUGGGGCCCUUCUGGCAAUUCCAGAUUACGUCAAAGGCGAGGACAAAUUGCUGGAUUGCACAAUUUCGGAAAAACCUGCUUCUUGAAUACUCUACUGCAGGCUCUCGCGGCGUGUCCCCAGUUCAUUGCCUGGCUCCAGUUACACAACACCAAAGACAAGAAAACAUUGGUCAGCUCGUUGCAGAAUGUGCUGGAAGUGGUCAAUGGGACACAUCCGACGUUGCGUGGUGAUCCGUAUUCUCCGGGAGCCGUCAUCCGAGCGUUGAACUCCUUAGGGUGGGUGAUUCCCCCGGAUGAACACGAUACCCACGAACUGUUGCACGUUCUGUUGAAUUCGCUGGAAGAAGAGGUAACGAAACCGAAAAAGAUAGGGUGUCUAUCAGAUGCCCUUGGGGAAGAAGAACUGCGGGCCAUGAUGCCUCCAGCUAGACCGUCAAGUGCCAUGCUGUCGGACUUUUGCAACGCUGAGUAUGAUGAAUCAACUAAUUUGACGCGAUAUGUCCGCUCGGAAGCGCAUACUCCAGAUUCGCCGCAUUCCACUUGCACCGAGACGGAGGAUUCGAUGGCGGCCCUUGAAGGAUCGCUGAUGGAUUGUGCGGGAUCGCCGCCUUCUAUAAUAUCCACAUUCUCCGGGCGACCCAGUCGACCAAAGUCAAUUUUAGCCACGGACAUGUCUCGGAACGGGACGUUGGAUAAGCGAUCGUCCGGAUCGUGUAGGUCUCUGGAAAGAUUGACUCGUGGUCCGGGCAGAAUAUCUGUUUGGGGCGACCGCCAGCAGAUUCAAGUUCCCCAUCCGUUCCGGGGAGGGUUGAGCAGCCAGUUGUGCUGCUCCGGUUGCGGAUAUAAAUCUGUUGUCCGGUAUGAUAAGUUCGACAGUGUCACGCUGUCGCUACCGGAGAUUAAGAACCCAGGAGUUUCGGUGGGAAGCCUUCUCACGGAAUUUAUUCAGCCAGAAACGUUGAACGGCGUGCAGUGCGAGUCUUGCAAUGAGACCACAACGCACACCAAAACCCUCACAUUCAGCAAGCUGCCGGCUUGUCUGUGUAUCCACAUUGCCCGAACGACGUGGCUGCCGACGGGACAUGCGUACAAGCGGCAGGAUUUCGUUCACUUUCCGGAGACGCUCUCGAUGGCUCCGUACAGCUUUGUACAGCCCAGUUUGAACAGUGCCAUGAGUACACCGUGGGGAUCCACCAUGUCCCUGUAUUCGGCCAGCCUGGGGGCUGCUGCCUACGAAGCAUCGAUCGGUGGCGGAGGAACAGUGCCAACCGAGCAGAACACGCCGGUCGGAUCGGUUGGCAGUGCGUUCAAUUUUGGUUCGUAUACUUUUGGGGCAAUGUUCCCGAAAAAUCUGUACCGAUUGCUGGCAGUGAUUGUGCACUCGGGCGAAGCCAACAGUGGGCACUUUGUGACUUAUAGGAGAGGAGCGCUGAGGAACUCUCACAAAUGGUACUACACUUCGGAUACGGUGGUAAAGGAAGUGACAAUCGAAGAGGUGCUCAGCACGCCAGCUUACAUGCUGUUCUACGAUCGAGGACCUUCAUCGAAGUACACUCAACCGGGUGGUAGCAGUGGAGGCGGUCACGGUAUGGCUGGUGCUUCCGGUUAAGAUUUAAUCUAGCUCGAUAUUGUAGCCAUCGAUAAGUUCUUUUCCUCUCUGGAGCCACCAAAUGUCACCGAUGGACGCGUUAGCGAUCUUAUGACAUCGAUUGGGAGCUGAAAUAAAUCAACAUGGAUUUUAGUUUCUCAAGCAGGGUCCAAGAAAUUGUCCCGUCACGCCCUUUUAAAGCGCUUGAUAGUUGAACUACAAAACGAGAAACCUUGACACGUCCCAUUAUAGUAGAUCACACAUCUGCUCCCCUAAUUGAUGCCGGUACGAUCUACUUUUUUCGUAAAACCGGUAGCCAUUAUUGCAUGCUUGACAAUGUUUUCCACCUUCUAUAGACAUGGUAUGUCCCAAUCGCUGAUGCCAUAGCCGAUACCGAGUCGCUUCCAGCUACAGGUGACACAGAUCAAACAAUGUAUGAGAUUAUUUGAUAUGAGGUAGAAAUAAGUGAGUAUUAUAAUAGCUUGACAUCAAACAUGAACUGAAAUUGAUAACGAUGCACUGUUGCUUAGGAUUUGUAGAACGAAUAAGAACGAUUCAGUAGAAAUUAAAGAUUGUUGAAGCAUUUUUUAUUAGGAAAUAUACGAAAAGGUUUUUUUACUUUAUUGUGUACAUAAAUAAGAUAAGAAUGAAAAGAAGUAAUCAAAAUCGCUUUCCUACAUGUAACAUAACCGGAAAAAAUGUAAUGAUGUUAAGCUUGAACUAUUGAUGAUUAUUGAUGAUAAAUUGAAAUUUGACCAACACAUUGACAAUGUCAUCAAGAAAAUAGCCAAGAAGUAUGGAAUCCUCUGUCGACUGAAAAACGAAUUAAAUAUUGCUAGCAAAAUACAAUUGUACAAAUCAAUCAUCUCUCCUCACUUGGACUUUUGUCCUUCCAUUUUG